AUGUUAAAUAAAGAAAAUGUUGAAAGAGUUGCAGUCUUAAUUAGCUGUGGAGAAGAAGAACAGUUAAUUGGAGUUCCCCUAUUAGAAAAUGGUGCUGGCAGUACAAUUGCAAAAUCUGUUUAUUCAGAACUUGGAAAGUGGGGUGCACUAGACAAGAUUCAAGCAAUGUACUUUGACACAACUGCCGUGAAUACUGGCCGCAUUAUAGGUGCUUGCGUUUCAUUAGUGCAAUUGAUGGAGAAAAAAUUAUUGUAUCUUCCAUGUCGCCACCACAUUUUUGAGGUAGUUUUGAAAUCCGUUUUUGAUGCUGGGAUGGGAAAGACUACAGGCUCUCAAUCGGAUAUUUUCAAAAAAUUUAAAACUGAAUGGAACAACAUUGAUAAAAAAAUUUAA